CUUCGGCAGCGGCCACUGACCCUCGAGGUGGCCCUGCCGUGAACACCCCCUACGGUCGACCGCCGACCACAGACCAUUUCACCAUAAACACAUCCCUCAUUCGCUCCGAGCUGCGAAACUUUUUAUUUAGUAGCGUAGCUAGCACUAAAGUAAAGUUUGGUGCAUACGCUGUAGCUGCGCGUGGCUGCUUUGCUCAGCUCCGUAUCGUUGGCACUUUUGAGCCCGUGGUGGGUAAGAACCUAUUAUCCUAGGACACGCCGAUGUGAAGUCCGACCUCAGUUUACCUUCCCCAGGUUUCCCCAGGUACCCAUUUAGCGACCAACCCGAAAGAAAGGCUGAACGGCUGGGUAUGCUACACGCCGACUGUCCGGGUCGGGAUUCGAACCCGGGACCGCGGAAAGGGUGACACAUACGCUAAGCAGCCCCCCCCCCCCCCCACACACACACACACGGAGGCGUUUACUAGCAUUUAUAUGCGUUAGUGUUUUUAUGUCAGUACCAACAUGCAAUCAUUUUGAAACUUUCUCACAAAUCCCGUGACGGCCAUUACCAUCUCAUCCAGCCACAGCCUGCCAUACAUGAAGACACUCGUGUAUCGUGUAUUCAUGGUGGCGGCGAGCCGUGGCCAACUGCUGCUGCUGCACCAGGCCGCCACCACAGCUGUGUCAUGGUGUGUGGGGCUGCGGAUCGAGUGAGGCUUGAGGAAUGACAAGCCAGGUGGAGGAAGGGGAGAGCGUGGAGAAGACGCGUCUGAAGGAGGACCGAGAGCGGAAAGCCAACUGGAAGCGCUGGGGGCCGUACCUGAGCGAGAGGCAAUGGAGUACCGUGCGGGAGGACUACUCACACGAUGGGGACUGCUGGUCGUACUUCCCGCAUGACCACGCCAGGUCGCGCGCCUACCGCUGGGGCGAGGACGGGCUGGCGGGAGUGUGUGACCGCCAAGGCCGCCUGUGUCUUGCCGUGGCGCUCUGGAACACCCGCGACGCCAUACUGAAGGAGCGACUCUUUGGUCUUACCGGACAACAGGGUAACCACGGAGAGGACGUGAAAGAGCUCUACUAUUAUCUGGACUCCACGCCCACGCACUCAUACCUGCGUUACCUGUACAAGUACCCGCAGCAGCCCUACCCCUACAGUGACCUGGAACACACUGCCGCCGUGAGGAGUGUGCACGACCCCGAGUAUGAGUUAGAGGACACUGGAGUCCUCGAGGCCGGGUACUGGGACGUUGAGGUGGAGUACGCCAAGGCCUCGCCCAACAGUGUGCUCCUGCAGGUCACCGUCACCAACCGCGGCCCCAAGGAAGACACGCUGCACGUCCUCCCAACACUGUGGUACCGCAACACGUGGGUGUGGGGCUGCACGCACGAGGGCUGUGGACUAAAGCCCAAGUUGGAGGCUGUGCGUGGGGACGCGGAAGGUGCCAGGCGGGUGCGAGGGUGGCACGAGUCCCUUGGCGAGUACAUGUGGGCGGUGGACCAGAACGGCGGCGAGGCACCGCUUCUAUUCACGGAGAACGAGACCAACAUUCAGCGACUCUUCGGUGCUGACAACCACACUCCUUAUGUCAAGGACGCCUUCCACCGCUACAUCGUGGACGGAGAGACGUCAGCCGUAAAUCCUAAGGGCCGCGGUACCAAGGUGUGUGCCCACCACGUCGUCACUCUCCCUCCCGGGGGCUCAACUUCCCUCCGUUCCUGGCUGUGGCAGGCGGACGAGUCCCCGACAGACAGCCAAGAAACCACAGUCUCCGACAUAUUCAUCAAGGCCUUCCCCGCCACCAUGAAACAGAGAAAGCAGGAGGCUGAUGUGUUCUACAGCCAGGUGUUGAGUCCGCGCCUUGGCAGGGAGGAGCGGCUCGUGGCCCGGCAGGCGAUGGCCGGCCUCAUGUGGACCAAACAGUUCUUCCACUACAUCGUUAAGGACUGGCUGGAAGGUGACCGGUACCAGCCGCCCCCACCCGAGUCCCGCCGCCGCGGAAGGAACAGUGAGUGGGGGCACCUGUACAACCGUGACGUCAUCUCGAUGCCUGACAAGUGGGAGUACCCGUGGUAUGCCUCGUGGGACCUCGCUUUCCACGUGGUCGCCAUCGCCAUGGUGGACAGUGACUUCGCUAAAGAUCAGCUGCUUCUCUUCCUGCGAGAGUGGUACAUGCACCCCAACGGCCAGAUACCAGCGUACGAGUUUGCGCUAGGGGACGUGAACCCGCCGGUGCACGCGUGGGCCGUGAUGAACGUGUUCCGCGGCAGUGCUCCGCGGGGCUCCCGAGACACGACUUUCCUCGCCCGGGCCUUUAAUAAGCUAUCCCUCAACUUCACAUGGUGGGUUAAUCGAAAGGAUCCUGACGGCAGAAAUCUGUUUGGUGGCGGCUUCUUGGGCCUCGACAACAUCGGGGUAUUCGACAGGUCGAAGCCCCUCCCGGUGGCGGGUCAGCUGGAGCAGGCUGACGGCACAGCAUGGAUGGCCUUCUUCUGCGUCACGAUGCUAGACAUGGCCCUCAUCUUGGCCGAGCAGGACCCCGUGUACGAGGACAUGGCCUCUAAGUACUUCGAGCACUUCAUCCUCAUCGUGGACGCCAUCAACUCCUCGGGUCAGGGUCGUGGCCUCUGGGACGACGAUGACGGCUUCUACUACGACUACAUCAGGAUGCCCGACGGGUCCUCAGUGCCCAUGAAGAUCCGGUCCCUGGUCGGCCUGGUGCCGCUGUUCGCCGUGCUGGUGCUGGUGCGGGAGGAGGUCAGCGCCUUGACGGGGUUCUACAAGCGGGCGCGAUGGCUCAUCAAGAACAGACCUGACCUCGCCUCAAGGGUGACCUUCAUGAGCGAGGGGGGGUCGGACAGGAUGCUUCUCGCCGUGCCCACCAAGGACCAGCUGCUCAGCCUCCUCCGCUACCUCCUGGACGAGAAGGAAUUUCUCUCCCCGCACGGCAUCAGGUCUUUGUCCAAGGUGCAUCAGGACGCCCCCUUCGUGCUGGACAUGGGAGGGCAGCGCCACGAGGUGUCCUACGUGCCGGGGGAGUCCAACACAUACCUCUUCGGCGGCAACUCAAACUGGCGGGGCCCCAUCUGGUUCCCCAUGAAUUUCCUCAUCAUUACGUCCCUCAAGCGGUACCACUUCUUCUACGGCGAGUCUCUGCGGGUGGAGUGUCCCACUGGCUCCGGGCACCUCAUGACUCUGGAGGAGGUGUCUGUGUUCCUCGCCCGUCGACUCGUCUCUCUCUUCCUGCCAGGCCCAGACGGUGCUCGCCCUUGUCACGGCUCAAGCAAGCAGUACCGUGAGGACCCAGCGUGGCGGGACCUCCUUCUGUUCCACGAGUUCUUUCACGGCGAGACCGGGCGGGGUUGCGGCGCCUCCCACCAGACGGGCUGGACGGCGCUGGUGGCCAACUGCCUGAACAUUACCCUCGGUUUCUCCCAUGCUGGGCUGGGCCGCUACUCCCGCACACACUGACAGACGCCUCGCUCCACGAUGACUUCUCUCUUAGUAGACAACCACCUUCAAGACUUUUGCUAUUCCAUUUUUAUUUUCACAGGUCAGCUUGCAUUUACUCAUUAGACAUUUUGCUUCUCUCUUAUUCUUCCAUAUCCUCUUCCUCUUCCGUGUCCGUCAACCUAACUAACCUCCUCAGAGUUUUCUUCCGUCCCAUUUCUCUUUCCAUAUCACAUAAUCGGCCAGCUCGCCUUUAUGAUACAUCCCACCUCCGUGUCUGUAUCCAGCAUCUCCAUUCUUUUCUGCAUCUGUCUACAGUUACGAGACUUUUUCACCUCUACCCCUUUCUCCAGCAGCCUCUUUCCCUUACGUCUGUCAACCUCUUCAUUAUGUUUCUAUCAAGCUUUGCCUUCAUCCUUUACCUUUUAUCCUAUUCCAUUUUUUAUUGCCAUGUUGUAUAUAACCUUAGCCUGUAUGCCUUCAUGAGAUGCCUUCACCUAUUCAUCUUUUUCCUGCAUCCUUUUCUUUCUUUCAUGCUUGUCAGUCAGCCUCUCCUUCGUGUUUCUCUCAAGCUUUGCCGUAUUUUUUUUAUUUCAUGCUGUUGUUGUUUUUUGUUUGUUUUUUGCCAGACUCAGCUAUCACAAGACAUCAUCACUUCUAUCUUUCUCAAUCAUCCCCUCUUCUUUGCUGUGUCUCAACUUCGUCCUUCUCUUAACCUGUGCCGUCCUACCCCUCUCUGCCCGAGUUCCAUCUACCAACUUCCAUUCCACCCCCAGGCAUGUUGAACCUUCCUCCGAUUAUAUUCUCUUGAAUUUUUUCCUCCGUCUACCUUUAAAAAGAAGAAAAAAACGUGUCCCUUGUGUUCUCUCCCACAAUUUUUCAUAUUCCAUUGAUUUUUAUUUUUAACAUCAAACUUCUCAUUUUUUAUUCAUUUUUUCUUUUCUUAGUUUCUUUGACAAAUUGUUCAGAGUUGCACGGCCUCGCACGCCCGCUCCUUUUCCCUCUCACUCCAGCUCCCUCUGCUGUAAUUAUUUCAAUUUAGAUAAUUUGCACACCCAGUCUCCUCCUCGCCGUCGCUUCCUUUGUUGAAGCGGUGUAAAUUACUUAAUUCUCCAUGUUUUCACUUUUUCCUUUCCCUAUGAUUGAUCUUCGUCUAGUUAGCGUCGUGUCUUUCACAAACUUAUUCUCUUUGUUGUAGCAGUACAUGACUUUAUUUUCCUUCAUUUAUCUCACUAUUACCUACCAGUGGUCCUCGUCUAGCUAAAACCAUGUAGGUAAGAUUUAUGUAGCAAGGCAGUUGAUUAUGCAAUUCAUGCAUUCCAUAAAUCAUUGGAGUGGAGUCUGUAUACGUAGCCUGAAAAUAGUAUCUUCAGGAUGCUCCCCUUCCCCCUCUACCCUAAACGACCACCAGCUACGUGUGUGAGGACCCAAGAAGUGCUCAGCCGUACACAAGGAAAUAUAGGUCUGCAAGAAGCCAGAGAUGAGACACCCAUCUAGUAACCCUAAAAGAAAAAAAAAGGUCUUUGUUUGAGUCGUCGGCGUUCAACAGGCAUAAUAAUAUAAUUAGAUACUAUUGAAUGUACUAUGUAGAAGAAAUUAACAAUAUGUAGUUUUAGCUCUGUAGGUGACUAACCAAGAUUGUUCCUGAUGAUGGCAAUAAAAGCUUUUAGAAUUA